AUGGGGAAUGAACAAUCAAGGCCAGCAUCAGUGAACUCACCGGAUACCCCAGUUAGUUACCCUACAGUUGUCAAGACAAAAACUGCUACUAAAAAGCCUCAACCGUAUGCCUCCUCAUUUUUCGAUACUCAUAUGGCAGUGCCAUUACCGCAUCAAUAUGCUCGAAAACCAAACCGACCUGCUGGGAACAUUAACUUUUUCGAAGUAGCGGCAGCAACUGCUCAGCCCGCCAGAUCAACGCAUUCAAACUCUUCUUCAAGAUCAUCUAUCAAAACAGCAUCCACAAAUAAGAAUUCUUCUUUAUACCCUUCAUCGUCUCAUAACAAUAGCACCCGAGAAAAGAAAGUGCUUUCUCCAGCCAGCUCUUCUGCAUCAUCCAUUGCCAGCACUACUGUUCAAACCGAAAACAUAGCAUCCAUCAAAGCAUCAAAAAGCGAAUUGAUUGCCGAUGCAUCCGACUAUGUUAUUUUACAUAACAGAAGAUACUGGAAAGGUCAUGGCACGCAACACUUCAUGCUCCCUUGUGACGAUGAUGAAUCAGACCGUUUGAUGACAAUGCAUUAUAUCCUAAAAGCUACUUUCCAUGGCAAUUUCACUGCUCCCGUGUAUAACAUGUUGGAAAACUCCAAGCACAAGACCAAAGUAUUGGAUAUAGGCUGUGGAUCAGGCACUUGGAUCCUUGAAAUGGCAACGGAAUUCCCAAAUACAGAGUUUUAUGGCAUUGAUGAUUGCCCACUAUUCCCAACUCAUAUCAAACCAAGCAACUCACACUUCUUGCUGCACAAUAUCCUCAAGGGAUUACCGUAUCCUGACAACGAAUUCGACUAUGUACAUAUGCGUAUGAUGAUCUUUUAUUUCUCGCCAGAGGAACUGUCUCUAUUAUUGACCGAAAUAUCAAGAAUUAUGAAGCCUGGUGCUUAUUUCGAGAUUAUGGACACAAGCUAUACAAUUCGCCAUGCUGGCCCUAUAUCAAAUCAGGUGGUGAAUAACGACUUAAAACAAAUGUUUCAUUCAGGCAGCGCAUCAUUAGCAUUCAAAGCUCAACACGAAUCAAACACAAAUCAUCCAAUUUUCAGCUUUUUGAUGGUCGCUCCACAGAAGCCUGCAACAUCGUUCGUUGGUAACUUUAUUGAUAUCUGCCAAGAGCACGCAACAUUACCCAUUGGCGGUUGGGGAGGCGGUCAAAUUGGCAAUUUGCAUGGCUUGAACUUCAAAUCAUUACUACAGUCCAUUGAAAGUAAACACGACCAAGAACUGCCAUUGAACAAGAGCGUAGUCGAUAGCAUCCUUGAAGAAUGUGAACGACAUAAAUCUUAUUUGGAUUGGUAUGCGUGUUAUGCAAGAAAACCCCCAUUGGAAGAUGAGCAAAUUGAACAAAGCACGCUUGAUUCCAUCUAUGAAUUCGUUGAAGGAUUCGUUGAUGUGUAA